UGGAGCUGAAGCGCUUGCAGUCAGGCUGGUUAUGUUUAAGGACUGAGCUCCCCCCUUCCCCCUGAGAAUGAAUAUGCUUUUCUGAGUGUGUCAUCUGGUGUGGAAGUCAAUUCAGAGUUUAAGAGUGAGAGACAUGGCUCCGAAAAAGGCCAAAGGAGAUGAUGCACCAAAGCCACCGCCACUGAUUGGAAGGUUUGGGACUUCUCUGAAGAUAGGGAUUGUCGGAUUGCCCAAUGUUGGGAAGUCAACCUUUUUCAACGUGCUGACAAAGAGUCAGGCUCCAGCAGAAAAUUUCCCCUUCUGCACCAUUGACCCAAAUGAAAGCAGAGUGCCCAUUCCAGAUGAACGCUAUGAUUUCCUCUGCCAAUUCCACAAACCUGCCAGUAAAAUCCCAGCAUUCCUUAAUGUUGUGGACAUUGCUGGCCUGGUCAAAGGUGCUCAUGUCGGCCAAGGCCUGGGAAACGCCUUCCUCUCCCACAUCAGCGCCUGCGACGGCAUCUUCCACCUGACACGUGCUUUUGAGGAUGAGGAUAUCAUACAUGUCGAGGGGACGGUGGACCCUGUUCGAGACAUCGAGAUCAUCCACGAGGAGCUGAGGCUGAAGGAUGUGGAGAUGAUCGUCCCCAUUAUCGACAAGCUGGAGAAGACGGCCGUUAGAGGCAGUGACAAGAAACUCAAACCAGAAUAUGACGUUAUGUGCAAAAUAAAGAGCUGGGUCAUGGAUGAAAAGAAGCACGUCCGCUACUAUCUUGACUGGAAUGACAAGGAGAUCGAUGUGCUGAACAAAUACUUGUUUCUGACAUCUAAACCAAUGAUCUACCUCGUUAAUCUUUCUGAGAAAGACUACAUAAGGAGGAAGAACAAAUGGUUGGUGAAAAUCAAGGAGUGGGUGGACAGUCACGACCCUGGAGCUUUGGUCAUCCCCUUCAGCGGCAACCUGGAGAGUCGACUGCAGGACAUGAGCGAAGAGGAGAGACAGAAGUGCUGCAAAGAGCACAAGACGCAGAGUGCCCUGAGCAAGAUCAUCAAGGCGGGCUAUGCGGCCCUGCAGCUGGAGUACUUCUUCACCACUGGCCCAGACGAGGUCCGUGCCUGGACCGUCCGGAAAGGAACUAAGGCUCCACAGGCUGCGGGGAAGAUCCACACGGACUUCGAGAGGGGCUUCAUUAUGGCAGAAGUAAUGAAAUUCCAGGAUUUUAAAGAAGAAGGCAGUGAGAGCGCUGUCAAGGCAGCUGGGAAAUACAGACAGCAGGGAAGAAACUACACAGUUGAGGAUGGAGACAUCAUCUUUUUCAAAUUCAACGCACCGAAUGCCCCAAAGAAAAAGUGACUUAGGAAGAAUAUUAUUAUUGUUUACACAGCUGAUUUUGUGCUUCAUUUCCUUUUGGGCCCCGUACAAGCAGUGCAACCAGAAGGUAUUCACACCCCUUCAUUUUUUCCACAUUUCCUUAAACUUAUUCUGAAACCGAUGUGUGUAAAGUUUUCUUUUUAAAUAAAUCUGCUCAGAAUGCCCUGUAAAGACAAAUAAAAAUACAUUGUCAGACAUUUUUGUACAUUUUCUAAAAAUUUUAAUAUUUAAGCUUAAAGUAAGCAUUCACACGCUUUGAAGUCACAGUCAAAAUGGAGAUCUGCAUCUAAUUUCCACUGAUUUUGCUUGAGUUGUUUCUUCAACUUGACAAGCCUGUGGUAAAAUUCAGUCGAUUGAACAGAAUUUGAAAAGUAACCCAUUUGUCUGUAAGAGCUCUCACAGUUGACAGUGGAUACUGAAGCAGAAACCAAGCAAGGCAUAAAUAUGGAGAAGGAAAUUAAGACAUUUCAGCACCACUGUACAUAAAAAAUGCUGUUUGAAGAUCUGGCUGCCUGAACAAACUAAUAAAUGAGGGAACUUUUUUCGGCAGCAGUAACUGGGUGAUGAAUAUACAGAGGUUCUUCAAGAAAGGCUUCUCCAGAGAGUCCUGAAGCUCAGAUUUUGUCAACGAUUCAUUUGCCAACACAAGAAUCCACCACCGGACACUGAGAAGAUAACAAAGGGAUGGUUUCAGACCAUACUGUGAAUGUCCUUGAGUGGCCCAGUCAGAGCUGGACUUAAAUCUAAGUGAACAUCUUAGAUAAAUGAUCAAAAAUGGUUUUAAAAAUUGAUCCAAACGUGUCUGAGCUUAAAAGUAUCUGCAAAUAUUAAUGAUAGAUACUCAAAGCAAGUGUACAAAGCUUAUAAGACAGUCCAGCAAAGACUUCAGUCUCACUAAAGGUGCUUUGACAAAAUGCUCAGCAACGGGCAAGAAACACUUGAUUAAUUUUUACAUCUAUCUUAAUGGCUGACUUUUCCAAUAUUCAUUGAGUAAUGUGUGUAGAUAUGCAGGACAAAUAAACACUCAGAUCUAUUUUAGAAGCAUAUAGAGUGGGAGAAUCGAAGGGGUGUCAAAACUGUCUGUUGGCACUGAAGUCCCUCUUCUUAAGUUUUGGUUCCCCACGUUGAGAGCCAAAACAGAGGUUCUGUAAACUGUGACAGAUUCUCUAUUUAAGAUCAGCAUCAGGGAUCCCCCCCAGCCCCUUCCAAAUUGUAGCAGCAUUUUAAGGAGCAUAUUACUCUCCAGAUACUUCAUUAAUCUCCAUCACGGGUGCCAGCGCUGACACAGCUGACAGUGGAGACAAUACCACCUGCUCUGCUCCCCCUCCUGCAGAUAAUGCGUGUUUUACAGUAGGCCAGAUGUCUACACUCAAUAAAACAUUUGACAAAAA